AUGCCCACCGCCAAAUUAUUCAUCUCUCUCCUCUGUUUCUCUCUCCUCACUCUCUCCGUCACCGCCCGCCCCUACGUCCUCGUCCUCUCCCAAGAAGACUUCAAAGACGAACCCCCUUCCGAUCCCGAUUCCUCCCCCGAGUGGGACGAGUUCGGCGACUCCGACUCUCACAAAUCCGAAGAGGAUCUCGACCCUGGAUCAUGGCGCCAAAUCUUCGAACUAACCUCCACCCAACCGCAACCUCAACCUCAAUCCGAUACGGAGGCUCUCUACUACUCCGCCGUGACCAAGCUUAUGACAGGAGACGCGAGGCUAAUCGAAGAAGGCUCUGGUGAGAUUGAGACGGCUGCAGAGUCUGGUUACCCGGCGGCACAAUCAGUGUUAGGGUUUUUGUGGGGAAUGGGGCUUUUGAGAGAGAGGAGUAAACAGAAAGCAUUUGUUUAUCAUCAUUUUGCUUCAGAUGGUGGCAAUAUGCAAUCCAAAAUGGCUCUUGCUUAUACCUACACUCGUCAAGAUAUGUUUGAUAAAUCGGUUAAGCUUUAUGCUGAAUUAGCAGAAGUGGCUGUCAAUGGUUUUCUCAUUUCCAAAGAUUCUCCCGUCAUUGAACCUAUUAGGCUACACAAUGGAGCUGAAGAGAACAAAGAGGCACUUAGAAAAUCUAAAGGGGAAGAGGAUGAGGAUUUUCAGAUUCUCGAGUAUCAGGCACAGAAAGGGAAUGCUGCUGCUAUGUACAAAGUGGGACUCUUUUACUACUUUGGGCUACGUGGAUUGAGGCGUGACCAUUCUAAGGCACUUUCGUGGUUCUUGAAGGCAGUGGAGAAGGGAGAGCCUCGCUCCAUGGAGCUUCUCGGAGAGAUAUAUGCCAGGGGAGCCGGUGUUGAGAGGAACUAUACAAAAGCCUUUGAAUGGCUUACUCUAGCAUCUAAGCAUCACCUCUACUCUGCUUAUAAUGGGAUUGGUUAUUUGUAUGUCAAAGGCUAUGGAGUCGACAGCAAAAAUUACACUAAAGAACCGGUGAAAUCAGUUAUAGUCUUCUUGCGAGGCAGGAAGGACACAAGCGGAUUACCUGGUCAUGUUCUUGGAAUCCACACGGCCAUGAAUUUGCAACAGGUUCACGCGACAAAACAGUGA